AUGGAAGACCCUGUUGUGGAUACAGUAGUCAUACCAGAACCAGAACCUGAGCCGGAGGAACCAGAACCUGAACCAGAACCUGAGCCGGAGGAACCAGAACCUGAACCAGAACCUGAGCCAGAGCCAGAGCCAGAUCCCGAGCCGGAACCAGAGCCGGAACCAGAGCCAGAGCCAGAGCCAGAACCAGAACCAGAACCAGAACCAGAUCCAGAUCCAGAUCCAGAUCCAAAACCAGAGCCAGAACCAGAACCAGAACCAGAGCCAGAUCCCGAGCCGGAGGAACCAGAUCCUGAGCCGGAGGAACCAGAUCCUGAGCCGGAGGAACCAGAUCCUGAGCCGGAGGAACCAGAUCCAGAUCCUGAUCCAGAGCCAGAGCCAGAUCCCAAGCCAGAUCCUGAUCCUGAUCCUGAUCCAGAGCCAGAGCCAGAGCCAGAUCCUGAGCCAGAGCCAGAGCCAGAGCCAGAACCUGAGCCGGAACCAGAGCCGGAACCAGAGCCAGAUCCUGAUCCAGAGCCAGAGCCAGAGCCAGAGCCAGAGCCAGAUCCUGAGCCAGAGCCAGAUCCUGAGCCGGAGCCUGAGCCUGAUCCUGUACUUGUAUUAUUGUUUGCAUUUGUAGUCGUUGUUCCACCAGCUUCUCCAUUGGUAGUUGACGAGGAAAGAGGGUGA